UGGCUCGGCAGCAUUUCACCUGCGGCGGCGCGAUGGAAACGACUACAGUGAAGUCGCUCUUGGAGGAGGAUGCUGCGAUCCUCGUGGACAUCAAGAAGGAACUGCAGGAUAUCCAUCUCAUGAUGGAAACACCUUCGCAGCAUGCAGUCCGUCCAGGAAGUCCUCUGUCCUCGUCGAACGUUGAGGUGGCGGCAUCGACGGCUAAGCAAUUAUCCAUUCGCAAGCGGUUUAAAACCGCGGUGCGACAGCUCGUAUUCAUGGAGAAGACAAAGGACAAGGUGCACGAAGCGUACGAGAGCGAAAGCGUGAGCCGGCUGCGAAACAUGCCCACGCUCUCGCUCUUGUGUGCCGUGCCGUUGUUUCAAACCCUCGACGGCGCCGCCCUCAUGGACCUGAACGCGCACGUCCAAGUCACAUCCCAUUCUGCCAACAGCACCAUCUUUGCCAAGGGCCUCGACGCGUGUGUGUACAUCAUUCGAUGCGGCACGGCAUGGGUCAAAGCUCCAGGGAAGGAGCGCACGAGUGGCGAGUUCCAUCACGACGACGUCGUGUGCGAGAGCGGCGACAUCGUCGACCCCGUCGAGUUUCUCGACAAAAACGACCAAUUCAAAUGCGUCGCCGUCGGGCUUGUCGACGCACUGGCCAUUCCACGGGAGGUACUGCUCAAGUACAAGGACCACCUUCCAAGACUCUCUGACUCGCUGCACAGCGUCCGCUACAUCAACAAAGCGUGCGAAAGCUUCCGCAAGUGGGCCAGCCACACAGCAAGUGGCUUGCGCUACGAAGCCAAAGACAGCAACGAAUCGACGACCAAUCCGAGCCUUUACGUGUCGCCGCAGUCGUUCAUUCGUGAAAUUCUGCUGUCGAUUUCCCCAGAGCUGGACCUGGACCACUGCAUCCAGUGCAUGGCGCGGCUGUUUACCCGCGUCUUUCAAGCGCAAACCAUCCGCCUCUACCUCCUCAACCCCCGGGCCACCCACUUUCUCACCAAGUUUGCCACAGAUGGCGGAUCUGGCGCCCAAGUACCGACGUCGAUGGGCGUUCCAGGGCUCGUGUACCGCCACCAACUGCCGCUGCAAAUGACCAUCGCCACCGCCGACACUGCCGCCAUGCCGCAAGUCGACUGGCCGGCAUACCACGCGCACAAAUCCGUCGUGGCUGUGCCCGUGUUUCAGCCCAAGACGUCCGACGUCGUGCUUGCCGUGUGGGAGGUCAUCAGCGACACCAUCGAGUACUCUGCCCAUGAAAUGCAUCUGCUGGAGCUCGCAGCCACGUUCAUGCAGCCGUACUUGGGUCAGUGCGACCGGCCCACGCAGCGCAUGGGGUCUAUCUCUCAAGUCGAGACACCGUCGAGUAUGAAGCCACGGGUGCUGCGGCUGGCAACCCCCAUCUCCACGGUCCAGCUCACAGUGGGGCUAUACCACGGAGACCAGUUGAUCGUGCCAGAGGUGUCGAUCGUGUCUGCCAAGGGCACGGCCGUGACUGGCAGCGUCAAGGAAUUCGACUUUGCCGACGGCAUCUCGUUCGGGUGCUCGGUGCAAAGCCUGCCCAGGGCCGUCCACGUCGUGUGGCGGGUGACGUCGGUGGCCAAACCGCACAAAGCACUGGCCCACGCCGCGUGUCUGCUGUUCUCGUUCGACCAUUACCUCCGCACGGGUACCUUGACCCUGCGGUUGGAGAGAAAGUCGUCCGAGCUGUUGCCUGUUGGCUUUGAAGACUCGGUGCUGCUUUCGACUCAUCAUGAAGACAACUAUAUGGUCGUUGAGUUCCCCAAGUACCAGUACCCACUGACGUAUCGCAGCUACGACCCCGUGAUGCUGUCGUCGCCGUGGCAGGCGCCGCCCGACUGUGCAUCCGACCUCACGGAUGUCCUGGCGGCGAUUACAAGCGACCCCAUGCGUCCACUGACGCCAGCAGACAAGGCGUACCUGUGGACGUCCCGCGAUGCCCUUACGUCGACCCCGGCCGCGCUCAUGCCGUUCCUCCUCUCCGUGGACUGGUCGAACCGAGCCCAAGUCACAGAAGCUUACGCGUUCUUGUAUCGAUGGUCCGCUCCAACGUAUCUGCAGGCCCUACAACUCCUCAGCCGCAAGUUCCCCGAUCCAUUUGUACGAGCGUACGCCGUGCGUUGCCUUGAUUCAUUGCCCGAUUACCGCCUCCGCCUGUACCUAUUGCAACUCGUCCAAGCGCUAAAGUACGAGCCGCACCAUGACUCGGCGCUCAUGCGGUUCCUGUUUGUGCGCGCCGUCAAGUCCCCCAGCGAAGUCGGGUAUGCCCUCUUUUGGCUCCUCCAAGCCGAGCUCCAUCUACCGCUCGUCCACGACCGGUUUCAGUUGCUCAGUACGCAAUACUUGUGCCAUUGCAGCACGUACCGCUUAGAACUGUACCAGUCCGUGUACGUGAUGCGUUUACUGGAAGCCAUCGCGAUGCAGGUCAAGCUGCAGCCGUCCAAAGCCGCGAGCGAAGCCAUGCUGCGCGACCGCCUCGCCAAUGCGAUCGUGCCCCAGUGGUUUCAACUGCCGCUGCACCCGACCGUGUUUUACACGUCGUUUGUGCCGGCGCAGUGCCGCGUGAUGGAUUCGGCCAAGAAGCCACUCUUCCUGUGCCUCGUCCCCAUGAAACCUCUGCAGCCGCUACCAGCCCCGUCCAACUCGAUAUGCCACAACACGAUCUUCAAGUGCGGCGACGAUCUGCGCCAGGACCAACUCACGCUCCAGCUACUCCGCGUGAUGGACGACCUGUGGAAGUCGGCGGGUUUGGACCUCAAAGUGUCUGCAUAUGCAUGCGUGUCGACGGGGCACAACAUCGGGUUCAUCCAAGUGGUGGAUCAAGCGUCGACGCUGGCCAGCAUUUGCUGGGACCGGCACCGGCACCGGACCAGCAGGCGGGUGCGCAAAGCGGCGGCUAUCAAGACUGCCAUGUGGGGCAAGGCGGUGCUCACCGACUGGCUCGCGCACAAGUCGGCGGGGGACGACGCCACGGCGACGUUUGUCGUGUCGUGCGCCGGGUACUGCGUCGCCACGUACGUGCUGGGCGUUGGCGACCGGCACAACGACAACCUGAUGCUGACCGAAUCGGGGCGGUUCCUGCACAUUGACUUUGGGCACUUUCUUGGCCACUUCAAGACGUACUGCGGGUACAAGCGGGAGCGCGCGCCGUUUGUGCUCACGCCGGCCAUGGUGCACGCGAUGGGGGACCGCUUCGACACGUUCCGGGCGAAAUGCGUCGCGGCGUUUGCAGUCCUAAGGGCGAAUGCGUCGCUCCUGAUCACGCUGCUGCAGCUGGCCCUGAGCUCGGGCAUCCCAGAGCUCACGCCCGACACGAUUCCGUGGCUCGCGACGUCGUUGAUGUUGGACUUGACCGACGACCAAGCCACCGACAAGCUCAACGCGCUCAUUGACGUAGCGCUGGCCACCGUCACCACACGAAUCAACCACGCGACGCACAUCCUCGCACAUUAACAAGCAAGGCAAUGCCGCCAAGGGAAUGAGCUACCGAUGCUAGGUAUUCGUAUCGUCGUUGUACUAUUAGACGAGAUGGAGUUGAUAUAUGACGUUAUGCGUUUCACAUGCAGGAACACGAUAAAGAGCUGCCGACAGCCAACAAACACAUGGAUACACUGUCAUACUGUAUGCUGGAUCAACACUGGCAAAUGAAGGUUGCUACGAUGGAUGUUUCCUAAUGCGUAGCCGACACACAGACAGAUGUUGUGAGGAAGGGGGGGGGGGUUGCGCUAGACGUCGUCAAUGUCGAUUUCGUUAGAGUCGACUGUUGCUGGCGCGGCAGGGAUGGCGUCAAUAUCAAUCGCAUUCGGGUCGUCCGCCGCCGGGGUUUCCUUGGCUUGUACUUCCGUCGUCGUGUACGGCGUCGUGACCACAUGUGGCAGUCGCAGCAAGUCCAAUAAGGCGUCCGUCUGAGGGUUGCCAGGUCGGCUCGUGGGGGCAAAUGGAUGCAGCCAUCCCCCAGUGUUUAACGGCAGGCGGCUUUGGAUCCACGCCAGGUCGUCCUGCGUGAUCUCCAUGUCUUGCUCGGGCACUCGCGACCGACGGCGGUCACAAGACGCCUCGUGGUGCGUCGCCCGCAGCACCGCGAGCCACGGAACGUCUGCCGUCAGCGUCGCCGUCGGCGCUUCGACCGGCGCGGGGAUGUCCACCACCUGGAGAAAGUCCCGGUUCGGGAGGCAUUUGUCCAGGGCAAGGAACUUGGUCGUGUUGGCGCCGGGAAGGUGUGGUACCACCGCCGCGAACUUGACGUGCAUGUGCCCCGAGAACCAGUGCCGAGGCUGGAUCGUGUGCAGGAGGAACUCGUUGGGCGGCGAUCCGAACGCGCCGCGGGAGAUUUCGUCGCGGAGGAAUGGCUUCUUACGCAGCAAGACGUCUGUGCGGCCAUACCGCUCAAUCCCCCGCGGCCAGUCGUGUGAGAGGAAGAUGUCCACGGGGGUUGCUUUGAGAUGCGCGAGUUGGUACACUUGGAACUCCCGCACGUGGUAGAUGCUGCGCAUGGUGCUGUCGUCGUAUGGAUACCGCUCAAAGUGGCCGUGGGUGUAGUCAUGGGGCUUGUAAAUACCCGAGAGUCCGGCAAUGCGCAACCCGUUCACGUUGACCACGCCCGCACACCCGAGGUAAAAGAUGUUUGGCGCGACGUAGCCGCCGUAGUACAGAUCCUGGAGGUAGUUGGACGCUUCGUGGUUGCCGCCAAUGAAGAUGGUGAGCACGGGGGCAACCUUGGCUCCUGUAUAGUAUUGGUGGAAGGCACCGAGGGCUCUGUACUUGGGUGGACACGCCAUGCAUUCCACGUCGGCUUGGUUGCGGAAGCUUUGGAAAUCGCCGCAGCAGAGCAAGAGCUGCACGGGAUUCGAUGAGUCCAACGAGUUGAUAUGUUCGAUCGUUGCAUACAUUGCAUCAAGUUCGCCAUGGCUGCAGCCGACGACUGCGAUGCGCAUGAUGUUGCUGCCCUG